AUGCAUCGUCUUUUUGCUGAGCUGGAGCCAUCUUUAACCGUCACAGAGCAAAACCUGGCAAACCUAGUUCGGUAUAUCUUGCGCUUAAAUAUAUUUGAUGUCGCCGAAAUCAAACGGCUACGAUGUGAGUCUGUUACCUCAUCGGAUGAAAAUGCUACGGCUGAGGAUGCGGCGCCACAAAUUGUAGAGCAACCCGCAAACGUGGAUGCCGUCGUGAAUACCCCAGUUUUGGUUGAUUCAAACGAUGAUGGAACAGUCGCCCAGGAACUGGAAUUAGAACAUAUGGGGAGUACAUUGGAAGAGGCGGUUGUGGAAACGCGCAGUACGUCUCUCGAAAAUCGACCGCGACUUCCCUGCAUAGCCCUAAGCAAGCGGAAUCGGGCUGUCGUGAGGACUCUGAACCCAAUGCUGGUGACCUAUUUGGAAGCCAGCCGGGACAUUUGCGAGAUGGACUCAAUUUUUGACACCGCGCUGGCAGUCUGCCGUAUCAUAGGCGCCAAGGUUUCCACGGCUGGACGCGCUACUGGCCAAAGUAGCGCUAUCCCAGCAUGGAGAAGAAAAAUUGAGGAACGUAUCGCAAAGUCUAGAGCUCUCAUCGGCAGACUAAUAUGCUUCAGAUCAGGCAAUAACAGGCCAAGAAUUGUGCGCACCGUCAGGAUGGCGUUUGCUGGGACAAAUGUCAGUUUGUCCCAGCCGGAUAUAACGCAAAAACUGACAGAGCGUAUAGAUGAUCUGAAGCAGAGAAUCGCUGCUUGGGGAAAGCGGAUUCGGCGAUAUACCGAGAGGUCGACAUGUUUCAACCAGAAUCGUCUCUUCCAGAGUGAUCAGAAGAGGCUCUAUGAAUCAUUGGAGCGCCCAAUGGUAAGUUGA